AUGUCGCUCGAGGAGGAAAAGCAGCCCAAGGCGGGCGCGUCCGACGUGUCGCCCCCCGAGUCGGCCGGGUCGGAGACGUCUGAUACGCACAUCGACCCCAAGGCGGAGAGCAAGCUGCUUCGGAAGCUCGAUCUCAUCGUGUUUCCCUGCUUCUUCCUCAUCUACAUGAUGGCCUUUCUGGAUCGCAUCAACAUCAGUAAUGCCGCUAUCCAGGGUCUCACCGCCGAGCUUCACCUCGAUGUUGGCACCCGCUUCAACGUCGCUCUCUUUGCCUACUAUGCUUCCUACGUUCUUCUCGAGGUGCCUUCCAACAUGAUUAUCAAAAAGGUCCGGCCCUCGCUGUACAUCUCGGGCCUUAUGUUCAUCUGGGGCAUCAUCAACAUGUGCAUGGGCUUCGUCCACUCGUACGCCGCCCUCGUCGCGCUGCGUGUGCUGCUCGGCGCCUUCGAGGCCGGUGUGCUCCCGGGCAUCGUCUACGUCACCUCCAUGUACUACAAGCGCCACGAGUACCAGAAGCGCAUGUCCUUUUUCUUCUGCAGCACCGUCGUUGCGGGUGCCUUUGGUGGUCUGCUCGCGUAUGCCAUUGCUGGCCUCGGCCGCCCUGGCAUGGCCGCCUGGCGAUGGAUCUUUAUCAUUGAGGGUGCCAUCACGUCGGCCCUCGCUAUUAUCCUGUCCUUUGUUAUCAUCGACUGGCCCGAGCAGACCCGCUACCUCAACGCCGAGGAGAAGGAGCUCCUGCGCCGUCGUAUGGCGGCCGACGUUGGCGACGUUUGCCGCAUGGACACGCUCAACAAGUUUGCCUUCCGCCGCAUCCUCCGCGACUACAAGAUUUGGCUCGCUGCCUUUAUCUACAUGGGCGUCUCGGUGGCCGGUCUCUCCGGCACUUUCUUCCUGCCGACCAUCCUGCUCGAGUUCAACUGGAAGGCCGAGGAGGCACAGAUUCGCACAAUCCCCGUCUAUGUCUUUGCCGCGGGCAUGAUGUUGAUCGGCGCCUGGGCGUCGGACCGCCUCAAGCACCGCUUCGGCUUCAUCUUUGGUGGUGCCUGCCUGUCGACCAUCGGAUACGCCAUGCUGCUCGCCCAAGAGGGCAAGUCGCGUGACUACAAGUUCGCCGCCGUUUUCCUCGUCUUUGGUGGCGCCUACAUGAUUACGCCCAUGUGUCUGGCGUGGCUACAGAACAAUCUGUCAGGCCACUGGAAGCGUUCGUUUGGCGCCUCGUCGCAAGUUAUGAUUGGUAACCUGGCAGGAAUCAUCGGCGCCUUCAUCUUCAUCAAGGAGGAGAAGCCGCUCUACAAGACGGGCUACGGCGUGGCCGUGGGCAUGAUGUGGUUCGGCGCCAUCUGCGCCACUAUCAUGGCCGCGCUCAUGUGGAGGGAGAACCGCAAGAGGGAGAAGGGCGAGCGCGACGACCGACUCUCGCUGCCCGAGGAGGACAGACUCAACAUGGGUGACUGGCACCCGAGCUUCAGAUUCACCCUGUAA